GUGGAAGUGUAUUUGUACUGUCCACUCUCGUUACAAAAAUUUGAAGUAGCUGAUGCUGUCAUCUCCUCGUCUGACUCUCCCUCUAUCUCAUCUUACUGUCCACUCUCGUUACAAAAACGUGAAGUAGCUGAAGCUGUUAUCUCGUCGUCUGACUCUCCCUCUCUUUUAUCUCAUGGGUGGUGAUGGUGGUGCUAGUUUUGUCGCGAUCUGGCGGUGCCGGUAGAUGUGGUGGAUUGGGCGCCUGAAAGUUGAUUUUUGUAGGUUUAUGUUGAUAUUUUCACUGUGAGUGCGGUGGUUGUCGGGUUUGUGUGGAUUUUUGGCUUUGAUUUGUGGGGUGGGUGCGGCGGUUUCUAGGUUUCUAUUUUUAUUUUUAGUUUGAUUUGUGUGGUGGAUGCGGUCCGGUUUGACGGUGCUGGGAUUUAUGAUUUUUUCUGAUCUAAUUGGGUUUUGUGAAUAGCAUGGUUUGUUGAAGGAUGGUACUAGGUAGUGAGAAGUCCCCCUUGGAAUAAAAAAUGAUGAUAUCGACAAUGAAUAGUAGUUUUAUUAUGCCAAGGUCAAGUCUUCUUGUUUACAAUUACAAUCACACCAAACCCGUUUCACUUCUCCCAUUCAAAUUCCAAUUCCACCAUUCUCUCUCUCAUUCUCAUACUAAAAGCAAAAGCGAAAGGACCCUAUUAAAUCUCCACCACCAAAACCCUAAUAGUAAUAGCAAGAAGAUGGUGGUCCAGUGCGCUUUAUCAUCGUCGGUAUCAGAGGCAGUUAAAAAGGCGCUGAUCCGAUCUUCUUCUCUCACGUGGGAGUCGGCAAUCCUGAGCAACAUGUUGAUCUUUGUAUUGGGUUUACCAAUUCUGCUUUCUGGCCUCUCUCUCUCAGGGAUUGCCUCUGCUUUCCUUUUGGGCACUCUCACAUGGCGAGCUUUUGGUCCCUCUGCUUUCCUUCUCGUUGCCACUUACUUCAUCAUUGGGACAGCAGUAACGAAAGUGAAAAUGGCACAAAAGGAGGCACAGGGGGUUGCUGAGAAGAGAAAGGGAAGAAGAGGACCAGGCAGUGUUAUUGGUUCCAGUGCUGCUGGUUGCAUCUGUGCAUUUCUUUCAAUUUUUCAAGUUGGGGGACCUGCUUUUUCUCAGCUUUGGAAACUCGGCUUUGUUGCCAGUUUUUGUACUAAGUUGAGUGAUACUGUCUCAAGUGAGAUAGGGAAGGCAUAUGGUAAAACAACGUAUCUAGUUACGACGUUUAAGACAGUCCCAAGGGGAACUGAAGGGGCUGUGAGUGUCGAGGGAACCAUUGCUGGACUUUUAGCAUCAAUUCUUCUUUCCUUUGUUGCUUGUGUCAUGCGUGAGAUAAGUGCACCUGAAGCAAUUAUAUGCAUAAUAGCUUCCCAGGUUGCUAAUGUUGGUGAGAGCAUAAUAGGUGCUGCACUUCAAGAGAAGGAAGGAUUUCAAUGGCUCAACAACGAUGUUGUCAAUAUUAUCAAUAUAUCAAUGGGCAGCAUUAUAGCGGUGCUGAUGCAGCAACUUCUGCUCCAAAAAUGGUUCAUGUGAAUUUGCUGCCACCUCUCCCUAGAUAUCAGGCAUCUUAACCCGAUGCUGUAAUGGGGGUUAGGAGGCAAACCUUGUGUUGGAAGGGGUGGGAAUCAUGGCAAUACGAGGACAUCAAUGUAUAGUUGUAAUAGCUAAUUUAUUUUAUUUCUUUUUCUCUGUAUCUUCAUCAAUCAAAAUCUUUAUCGUAUGCUCAUUUCAUUUGAAAUUAAAGAUAAAAAAGUGUGUUGUUGGGAACAUAAAAACAAAUGAAGUGCUUACACCUUCAGUGGAACAAUUAUUUAUUUUUGUUUUA